AUGAAUGUUCUGCAAUUGAGUCCGGAGCGAAGUGGAAUUGUGCAAUUUCCCAUGGAAUAUCUCUACAACAACAAUCAAAAUCAGCAAAAGUUAGCCAUUUUCUUUAACAUGAGCAAUCCAAAAAAAAAUUUGCAGUUUUUCCAGCUCGCCACCCGAUUCAGUUUCAUCGGAAAAUUCGGAUACACCACAGCAAAAAAUGGUGGAAUCUGUGUAUUUGAACACUUGGGAGGGGACUGGUGAAUUUCCGGAUUGUGGAGAUGUUAAAGAUGUUUUGGUUUUUGAUGAGAAUCCGGUUCCAGAAGAUGUUAAAGAGGUUGGUUAGAGAACAAGAGAGAGGCUAGAGAGGCUAGAGAGGCUAGAGAGGCUAGAGAGGCUAGAGAUGCUAGAGAGGCUAGAGAGGUUAGAGAGGCUAGAGAGGCUAGAGAGGCUAGAGAGGCUAGAGAGGCUAGAGAGGCUAGAGAGGCUAGAGAGGCUAGAGAGGCUAGAGAGGCUAGAGAGGCUAGAGAGGCUAGAGAGGCUAGAGAGCCUAGAGAGCCUAGAGAGGCUAGAAAAAAUAUGUAGGUUAGAGACGGAGAGUGUUAAAAAUUUUCUGAAUUUUUUCAAGAGGUGUGUGUGGUUUCUUCAUAACUAGGAGAAAGAUUACCAGGGUCGGAUUUCCCGCCAAUUCUUUAUGGUUACUGUAGCUUGAGAUUUAUCGUGAGUCUUGUUCUUAAUUUCAAAAAUUUCUCAAGCGCAAACUCCUGAAACCUUCUGAAGCCUUCUGAAUCGUUCAAAAGUCUUCUGAAGUCUCCUGAAGUUUUCUGAAGCCUUCUGAAGAUUUCAUAAGCUUUCUGAAGCUUCCUGAAGCCUUCUGAAGCCUCCUGAAGUUUUCUGAAGCUUCCUGAAGUUUUCUGAAGCCUCCUGAAGCAUUCUGAAGCCUCUAGAAGUCUGAAUUGAUUUUUUUAUCCCAAAAUUCCGAUAAAAAAUGUUAUAAAUUUGAAAUUCCUAAUCAAAACAUCUGAAAAUCCACUGAUUCAAAAUUUUUGAAAUCUAAAUUUGAUCUCCGGGAACGGGAAUGGAAAACUCACCUGAAAUCUCUUCAACGAUUUUCCCGCCAAUUUUUCGCGGUUACUGUAGCUUGAGAUUUAUCUCUUGUUCUUAAUUUUGAAAAUUUCUCAAGCGCAAAAUCACAUGACGUCAUUUUGUGUCAAAACACAAUUUAUGUGUUUUCAUUUUCCGAUUCUUUUUUUUUUCUGACUGUCUGACCUCGAGAAAAACAAUAGUUUCGUACAUUGUAAUUAAAAUAUUGAUUUUUUUUUUCGAUAUCUCUGGGUUUGUGUACUUUUUCCGAGAAUGAUUUUAAAAAGGGACCAAUUAAUUUUUGAGCUACAGUAACCUGACAUAAUUAAAUUCAUUUUGAGCUACAGUAUCUCUGAUCAAUUUUGACCAUUUUUCCGAGACCAAAACUAGAGUCUAGUUUUUAAACCCCCCAAACUAGAGUCUAGUUUUGUCGUCUAAAACACACGUCAUUUUGCUAGCUAGACAUACAAACACAACUUUUUGCAGGUUGUCGCUUUUCAUCAUCUACCAAGAAAUGUUUGUCCAACGAUUUGUGCGGUUUGCGGCGAUCGUGCCACUGGAUAUCACUAUGAGGUUAGAGAGUCAGAGGGUUAGAGACGUUAGAUAGUUAGAGAGUUUGGGAAGCCCUUGGGAAGCCUUGGGAAGCCUUGGGAAGCCUUGGGAAGCCUUAGGAAGCCUUGGGAAGCCUUGGGAAGCCUUGGGAACCCUUGGAAAGCCUUGAGAAUCCCAGUUCUUGAAUUUUUAUAGUUUCGAAAGUCUGAUUGAGAUGUUUUUCCAUGAAAUUCAUACAAAUUUCUUCUCAUUUUUCAAUAAUUUAUUUUGUUUCGCAUAUCAAAUUUCUCCAUAAGUGUUGUAGGUCUUUUGAACUUUUUUUUUUCGAAUUUUUGAAAAUUUUAAGGCUCAAAAUUUUAAAUCAAAUUUUUUUCAGAAAAAAUUUAAAAAGCUAAAGUUUGUUUUUCGGAUCUCUGACAAACUUUUUUUUUCAAAAGUACAUGUAAACAACUUUUUUCGUGAGAGUAUGAUUUGGUGAAAAAAAAAAGUUGUGAACAACUUUUUUUUUUCGCAAAGCUGUUGAUGUAUUGGAUGACAGAUAAAUAGCGAAUUUGAAAAAUGAGAUAAUUUUUCUGAGCUUUUUGAACUUUCAACAAAAUUUUCGAAAUUUCAAAAAUAGAACUACAAAAUACACAUUGAAAUUUGAUAUCCGCAACAAAAUAAAUUUUUGAAAAAUGAGAAGAAAUUUGUAUCAAUUUUUUAUAUAUGUAAAAACAUCUCAAGUAGACUUUGGAAAGGCUUCAGAAGGCUUCGGGAUUUUCAGAAGGCUUCAGUAGGCUUCCCAAGGCUUUCCAAGGCUUCCCAAGGCUUUCCAAGGCUUCUCAAGGCUUCCCAAGGCUUCCCAAGUCCAAACAAGAGGAUUACUGUAGUCUAUAUUUUUUUUUCAGGUUCCAUCAUGUAAUGGCUGUAAAACCUUCUUCCGGCGUACUGUACUUUCCCAAAGAAAAUAUGAUUGCAUUAGAGGUGGAAAAUGUUUCAAUGUUCUUCCUAAAGGUGAGAAUUUCAGCCAGAAAAUUUUCAGCCCAAAUCAUUUUUUUCCAGAAAAACGCUGCUCUUGUCGCUCUUGCCGAUUUCAAAAAUGUGUCGAAGUUGGAAUGAAUCCUUUUGGUAAUGUUUUUGUGCUCAGCGAGCCAGAUUUUUUCGUCUAACAAUAAUUUUUUUGCAGCUAUUCAAACGAAUGAUUCAUUAGACGGAAAUUCGUUGGUAAAUAAAAUUGCUGGAAAACGGAAAGGUGCAGCUGAUUUGGAAAUUUUUGCGUCGACUUCUAAAGUGAGGGAUUUUUUUUUGAAUAGUAGCAGCGCCUAGGGAAUAUUUGUGACAAGCAGCCAUGCCUUGAGAGCAUAUAUUUCAAGAGUUUGAGCCUUGAAAGCUUCUGUGAGAAGCAGCGGCGCCUAGAGAAUAUUUGUGACAAGGAGUCGUGCCUUGAGAGCAUAUAUUUCAAGAGUUCAAGCCGUGAGAGCUUCUGUGAGACGUAGCCGCGCCUAGAGAAUAUUUAUGACAAGUAGUCGCGCCUAGAGAACAUCUGUAACAAGUACCCGCUUCUUGAGAUUUCCUAUGAAAAGUAGCCGCGCCUAGAAAUCCACUCUGGCAAGGAGCCGCGCCUAGAAAUUCACUAUGACAAGGAGCCGCGUCUAGAGAUUCCCUAUGACAAGAAGCCGCCCCUAGAGAUUCACUAGGACAAGGAGCCGCGCUUAGAAAUCCACUCUGCCAAGGAGCCGCGCCUAGAGAACAUUUAUGACAAGUAGCCGCGCCUAGAGACAUGCAAAUUUUCUAAUUUUCACAUUUUCCAGGCCCUAAUCCCAUCCGAAAUCAUCUCAAUCGACCAAUCAAUCGAUAAAUUAAUCGACAGUCUGAUCUACCUCGAAAUCAAAGUCGAAGACUUCCGAAAAUGCUCAUUCAACCCACCAAAAGAGCAAUUUGCAAAACUCAACAAAUUGCUCGAUUCACAUUCAUUGAUCGGUUUGGCUGAUCGAUGUGGGGUAGGUUUUUCUUGGGGGCGAGUUAGAGGAACUUGAGCUUGAUCUGAAAUUAAAAUUUUCAGCCAAUGCCAAACUGGCCUCUUCGACAAAUAUCUCCGGAAGAAUGGUCAACUUUUCGUCAAAAUGGUCACGUUGAACCAAUCUCCAUGGAGCGCAAAAACUGGUUUUGCUACGAUAUUUUGACCUCUGUUGAAUACGCCAAAACCUUUAUGUUUAUGCAUAAAAUUGAUAAAAAUGAUCAGGUAAGAUUUCUAGUUAGGAUAACUUUUUCAAUAAGAUAAAUUUCCAGAUCCGAUUGCUGAAAUCCGUAGUGUUAAGUGUUAUGCAUUUGAAUCAGAGUUAUUAUAGUUAUGAGAAUAAAUAUUCGGUGAUUUUACAUCCAGAUGGAACGACGCCACCUCCACCAAAACAUUUGUGAGUUUCACGGGCUGUCCAGGACUUUUCAGAAGGCCAGAGGGCUUCAGAAGGCUUUAGUGGGCUUCAGAAGGCUGUAGUAGGCUUCUGAAGGCUUUUGUAGGCUUCUGAAGGCUGUAGUAGGCUUCUGAAGGCUGUAGUGGGCUUCUAAAGGCCUUAGUAGGCUUCUGAAGGCUGUAGUAGGCUUCAAAAUGCUUUAUGAAGAAAAAAUUUUGCCUCGGGUGAGGAUUGAACCCCUGACCUUCUGCACCGAAAAAAUUGAUAUUUUCACGCUGAAAAUGAUGAUGGCAUUGCUCAUUUUAAGCACAAAAUUUUGUUUUGGAAAUAUUGAAUGUUCUAGUCAGAAGGUCCUGGAUCGAUUCCCGGUACCUCCUAACAAAUUUUUGUUUUCAAAAAUUUUUCUUGAUCAAAUUUCGCGCUGAAAAUGAUGGUAUUGCUCAUUUUCAGAAUUUCCAUCAUUUUCAGCACACAAUUUUGUUUUGGAAAUAUUUAUUGUUCUAGUCAGAAGGUCCUGGAUCGAUUCCCGGUACCUCCUAACAAUUUUUGGUUUCAAAAAAAUUUGAAAAAAAUUGUUUUUUAUUUUCAAAAAUUUUUCUGGAUCAAAUUUUCACGCUGAAAAUGAUGUUAUUGCUCAUUUUAAGCAUUUCCAUGAUUUUCAGCACAAAAUUUUGCUCUGAAAACAUUGAUUGUUCUAGUCAGAAGGUUCUGGAUCGAUCCCCGGUACCUCCUAACAAUUUUUGGUUUCAAAAAUUUUUCUUGAUCAAUUUUUCGCGCUGAAAAUGAUGGAAUUGCUCAUUUUAAGCAUUUCCAUCUUUUUCAGCACAAAAUUUUACUCUGAAAACAUUGAUUGUUCUAGUCAGAAGGUCCUGGAUCGAUUCCCGGUACCUCCUAAUAAUUUUUUGUUUUCAAACAUUUUUCUUGAUCAAUUUUUUGCGCUGAAAAUGAUGGUAUUGCUCAUUUUCAGCACAAAAGUUUUCUCUGAAAACAUUGAUUGUUCUAGUCAGAAGGUCCUGGAUCGAUUCCCGGUACCUCGUAACAAUUUUUUUGUUUCAAAAAAAUUUGAAAAAAAAUUUUUUUUUUUUUCAAAAUGUUUUCUUGAUCAAUUUUUCACGCUGAAAAUGUUGGUAUUGCUCAUUUUAAGAAUUUCCAUCUGAAAAUGAUGCACAAAAUUUUGCUCUGAAAACAUUGAUUGUUCUAGUCAAAAGGUCCUGGAUCGAUUCCCGGUACCUCCUAACAAUUUUUGGUUUCAAAAAAAAUUGAAAAAAAACAUUUUUUUGUUUUCAAAAAAAUUUCUUGAUCGAUUUUUCACGCUGAAAAUGAUGGAAUUGCUCAUUUUAAGAAUUUCCAUCAUUUUCAGCACAAAAUUUUGCUCUGAAAAUAUUGAUUGUUCUAGUCAGAAGGUCCUGGAUCGAUUCCCUGUACCUCCUAACAAUUUUUCGGUUUCAAAAAUUGUUCUUGAUCAAUUUUUCACGCUGAAAAUGAUGGUAUUGCUCAUUUUAAGCACAAAAUUAAUUUUCCAGAGCAAAAUGUCAUCCAACCAAUGAUUUUCGGGCAAGUAUGAAUGCAUCGCUGUUAUCGCUGAUGAGAGAAAAAUUGGACAAAAAAGAAUAUGUGCUGUUCAAAGCGAUCACUCUUUGUAAUGCUUGUGAGUUUUUUAUCGGACCGUUUGGGCUUCUAUUAGGCUUUUUAAGGCUUCCCAAGGCUUCCCAAGGCUUCCUAAGGGUUCCCAAGGUUUCCCAAGGGUUCCCAAGGCUUCCCAAGGGUUCCCAAGGGUUCCCAAGGGUUCCCAAGCCUCAAAAAAUUUCAAAAAAUCUAUAUUUUCAGCCGUUCCUGGACUCUCCGACAGAUGCCGGGAAAUUGUCUCGAAAGAAAAAGAAAAGUACACAAAUGCUCUUCUCAAAUAUUGUCUAGCAAAUCGUGGACCAAAUGGUCCCGCACAUUUCGCAGCAUGUCUAGCAUUAUCAACCGGUUUGGAAACUCAUCAAAAAAAUCAGAAAGAUUUUCAUGUCUUGAUGACUCUGGUCAAAGAACAGGAACGUGCCAAAAAUGAUUUUCCACCUCCACUUCCACAUGAACUUGUUGUUGAUGUUAUGGAAGAGGUCGUUGAAGCCUAA